AACGGCGUCCAACAACCACCACCCCCCAGUCACGUUUCCCACCAAAACACACCCCUGCGCCGCUGCGCUGCGAUCCCGCCGCUCCGGCCGUCUCCAUGGCCGCUUCGUCCUCCGAGGCCGCCACAGCCACGUCCAGGAGGACCACCUCCGGAGGGAGCGCGCUUCCAGGCCCUCCUCCGCCAACGCCGUCGAACCACCACGCGGCGCCGCCGUCCUCCGCGGGCGCUGGGGGCACGGGCGCGGACGCCUCGCUCUCCGCUUUCCUGCACCGCCUCCUCCUCUCGUCCCCGGCGCCGCAGCUACGGUCUCCGCUCGAGGCUCGGUCCCAGGCGUCGUCGCCCUCGCUUCCGCCUCUCGUCUCGCUCGAGUGCCCCGAUCAGCGCGCGCUCCGCGACGCCGCCGACUUGGGCUACUUCCACCUCGCCGGCCACGGCCUCCCUUCCGAACUACCGUCCUCCGCGCUCGCCGAGCUGUCCCAAAUCGACCUGGAGUCGAAUCUCCGCACGCUUGGCUUCGAGGAAGAACAGGAUGUAGACGGCGGCGCCGAUGAUCCCGCCGUGGUGUUCGACGCCUGCGAGGGGGACAUGGACGCCAGGGCGCUCCCGGCUGCGGCGGAGUACGCGCGUCGUAUGAGGGACGUGGGCAUGCGGGUUGUGGCGCUUCUCUCCGGGUGCCCCGACACGGGCUUCCGGGAGGAGCCCUUCGCGGAGGGGAGGAGGAAGCCGCGGUGCCUGCUGUGGGCCUCCCGUGUCUCCACCGCCGAUACGGCGCCUCCGGCCGUCGGGAAGGCCAAGGCGUACCCGUACGUCGUGGCGCUUCACUGCCAGUGGGAGGCGUCCGGGCAGGAAGAGGCACCGCCGAGCUGGGUCAUGAACGACGGCGGCGAGUGGACGGCAGUGGGCGCCCGCGACGGCGUGAUCCUUGUCACCAUCGGCGACAUUGCCCAGGUGUGGAGCAAUGGCAAGUUGAAGAAAGUGAGAGGGAUGGCUCGCCCCACAUCCGCCGCACCCAUGGAGAUGGUUCCGACGCAGCAUGGUGAGACUGACCGUCUGUCGCUGACGGUCCUGAUCACUCUGUCUUUGGACAACAUCAUCUCGCCCUUGGUCCCGCUCUCCAAUGCGGCCGGAGAAGGGCGAGAGGACCGCGAGGACGAGGCAAAUGUUGCCGGAGCCGACGACGAGGAUGGAUGGAGGUUUCACUCUUUCCUACUGGAGGACUAUGCGUGGAGGGUGUAUAACCAGCGGCUUCAGUUCAAGGAUCCAUUGGUCCGGUAUCGGAUAUGAUAUUUACCACGAUGAUCUAUAGCUCUGCUUUUUUUUCGUUGGUGUGCCAAUACACAACUCAUGUCAUGGACUUCGUGUUGUGAUCUACUAUUUGGCUUUGGAGUGGUUUGAGGAGUAAACUGCGGGUAGAACAGCCCGCCUUGGGUUUCAAUGUAUGUAUGUUGCUGACAUCCAGUUUUUUUUUAAUUAACCGGAUCAAAAGUGACGUUAUGACCUUUGCUCAAA